UCCCGCUGCCUUGAACUUGGUGGGGAAAUGCUGGGUAUGACAGAUGGAGAAGUGAAGAUGAAGAUGUUUUAUCGAAUUCAAUUUCAAAUGCAAUGCGGAUCUGUCAUUUGCUUCUUAGGAAUGAAUUGACUUCCAGGGGAGAAACGGGAGGAUGAAAAAGUUGAAAGAGAAAAAAGAGGAAAGUUCCAUGGGAAGAGGAUCUCCGGACAGUGAACGGGCAAAUAUCAGGGAAAGUUUCCAGGCAUCCGGUGAUCGUCUAGAUUCUUCUGGCCGAGUGGCUCUUGACUAUAACGCCAUCGUCCAACCCGAGCUGAUAGGACGACUUGCAAUCGCCCAUCCAUCGGUUCGAACAAGCGUUCCCCUCUUCAUUGCGUGGCGCCUGUCGUCAAUACCACCGGGCCCGUACAAGUCAAAAGGCCUCAAUGGCCCUCCCCGAUUCUCUCUAGUAGUAGUUCAGUACUUGUUGGUUGCCGACUGCCACCUGCUAGUUUUCUUUUUCACACGCUCGUUUCUUGAGGCUAUCGCAUCUUCCUUACUGUCGAUCACUUUGAGCGCACUGCGGAUGAACCACCUUCUUGCAGUCACUAUCGCUUAACCUACGGACGCUCUGGUCGGACGAUUUGAUCGGACGAUACACUACUACAUACAGCCGUGCUUCAAGCCUGCCACACUUCCCCACCUUCGGUGUCACUUUGAUUAUUCUUUUAAAACGGCGUGGAUCGUUGUGUGUAGAGACAAAUUGCGGAGUUGAUACUACUUCCCAACUUUUGGCGACAUUUCCACACUUUUCGGUGCUUUAGACUUUCCCCAGAAUAUUGGGACAGACAGACAUCAGACAUUCGAGUGAAUAGCCG